AUCAAGCUCGGUGAACAAACAAACUCCUGGAAAAAUUAGCCAGCUUGUUGAGGAAAAUAGCACCAACCGUGACAUUAAAAUGAGUUCCGCUGAGGACCGACAGCAUGGAACAAAAAGACCAGCGUCUCCAAAUGAACAAGGAGCCAACACCUGGGAGGAUGCAGAUUUGGGCAACGACGAGAGAAAACAAAAGUUUCUACGGCUGAUGGGCGCAGCAAAGAAGGAGCAUACGGGACGCCUCGUGAUCGGCGAUCACAAGUCAACUUCGCACUUCCGAUCAGGAGCAGAGGAUAAGAAGAUCAACACAGAGCUGGAGCACCAGUAUCAGCAGGGCAUGGAGGACAAGCUUUCUGGCAGAAACAGGAGGCACUGUGGUCUGGGCUUCACUGAGCCUGACCUGCCGGAAGAGAGCAACAGCACGGCCCAGCCAGGGAAAGAGGACAGCCCCGAGUCGGGCGGUGCCGCAGACGAGCCGGAGCCGGAGCCGGAAGAGGAGACGCCGGCACAGCCCGGCGAGCCCGGCGAGCUCGGCGAGCAGGACACGGCCGCAGCCGACUGCACGGAUAACGGGAAGGAAGAGAAGAGGCACAGCUUCAAGGUGGCGUUCGUCAAGUCGUCCUGAAGCGCAGCCGGGACUUUGCGCCGCGAUGCUCGGUUGUGCACGUUUGUGUUUUCAGGGCGCGGUCUCCACCCCAGACAAUUCGCUGUCACCUCUCCUUCAUUUCCAGUGAAAAUUUGUACUUCAUGUCAUUGUCCAAUAAGAAGUAAAAACCCGAUGAACUGUUAAGCAAAGAAAGUCGAUUAGUUCAGUUUGCAAUGUUAUUCAAAGUCGGUCUCAACUAGGGAAAUGGGGGGGGUGAAUGUGCUUUUAUAUAUGUAUAUGUGUGUGUUGUUUUUUUUAAAGCCGUUUUCAGGAGGAAGCGAAGAACGCUUUGUAAAGGAUUAAUGCGCAUGCCGUCUAUUACACAACAGGCCAAGGAUUAGCAUAAUAGGCAUUUUACAUUCUCUUUGAAGUUCAGAGAAGAGCAUAACAAAUGUGUAUGAACCAUCAUCUGAACAUAAAUAAAUGGAAACGCCAAAAUCCUCAGCGGACGUUCUACAGUGGAUAUAUAAAGGAGAAGGGGGGAGAAAACCCUCUUUUUUGUGUCAAAUCAGCAUAAGAGCGGAUGUGAUUUUUUUCCCCCCCAGCUUUUUCCCACCAGGCACAUUGGCACAUAGGGGCCUGCCUUCCCCCCUCUCUCUCUCCCCAGCCUGAUACAGAGAGCCGUGGCAGCUUUAGCUGCGGAGCGCGGGGACGUGUGCAUGCUUCCAACAGGUGUUUGUUUUUUUUAGUUGUGUUUUUUUUUUUUUAUUCAAAGAUGCUUGAGACUUGAAUGCAUAAUCACUUCCAAUUAAAGUUUAAGAUCUCACAUGGGGAUGAAAUGCAGGGGCCUACUUUUCACUGAAGGCAAAGAAAAUUGUGGUUAACAGUCUCAAGGAUUUUUAUUUGUUUGUUUUCCUGUAUAAAGUCCGUGGUGGUAGCUGUGUGUCGAAGGGGUGCACUCUGCCAGGGAAAUUUACCCUAGAACAGAAGUGUUCUACUUUGGUUGCAUUCUCAGAGAAUAAUUAGGCUAUCGGUCUUCGUUUUGUGGUUUGGCCUCAUGAGCAAUAUAACCUACUCAACGAUCUGUCAGACAAUGACAUUGCACUAAGUACCUUUUAAAACGCAGCACGUGUGGGAGACACUGCUGUGGUUUUUUGCUGUUUAAAAGAAAAAUUGCUUCAUAUUUAUGAUUUCUGUUGCAUAAACGGAAAACAUUUCUCCAGGCCUUCAGAACAUAAACUGAGAAAAGGAAUUAAAAAUGCCCUUUUAAAUCAUAAAAAAAAACUCUUUGAACUAUAGAAACAUCUCAAGUUUUUUUUUUCUCUACUACCUUUUCGUAUUGAAAGUUCACCUCUGUCUGAGUCUGCCAAAGUUAGAACCCCUUUUCAAAUAAUGGAAUGAAAUGUAGAGGUCAAAGCAAUCAAUAAAAAUGUUCAAAGAGAA